CUUCAUAUAUUAAUAUAAGAGGCGCCUCUUGCAGCCAUUUCUCCAUCUCUCUCAGCUGAGUCCAACCAGCCAUGGGUAUCGAUCUGAAGGCCGGAGGUAAGAGUAAGAAGACUAAGCGUACCGCUCCUAAGUCUGACGAUGUUUACCUCAAGCUCCUCGUCAAGCUUUACCGAUUCUUGGCAAGGAGGACCGGAAGCAAGUUCAAUGCGGUGAUUCUUAAGAGGCUCUUCAUGAGCAAGAUUAACAAGCCUCCACUCUCUCUCUCGAGGUUGAUUUCUUAUGCCGAAGGAAAGGGCGAUAAGACUGUUGUCCUUGUGGGUACUGUUACCGACGAUGUUAGGGCUUAUGAAGUUCCAAAAUUGAAGGUGUGUGCUUUGAAGUUCACAAAGACAGCCAGGGCAAGGAUUGAGAAGGCUGGUGGUGAAUGCUUGACAUUCGAUCAGUUGGCUCUCAGGGCUCCACUUGGACAGAACACGCUUCUCCUCAGAGGUCCUAAGAAUGCACGUGAAGCAGUGAAGCACUUUGGCCCAGCUCCAGGUGUUCCACACAGCCAUACCAAACCAUAUGUCCGUGCCAAGGGAAGAAAGUUUGAGAGAGCUAGAGGAAAGAGGAAGAGCAGGGGUUACAAGGUUUAAGUUGAUUUCUAUUAUUUAUCUAAGAAUGGUUGUUAUUUGUAUCGUGGCAGUACAAGUUUUUGCAGACUCUAGUAUGCAGUUGCUUAUGUUUACUCCCGUCUUGUUGAGGAUAUUUGAUUUUUAUUCACUGUGAAACCAACUUUUAGUUUAAAAAAUGAUUGUGGUGCAUCAGUUUAUCGUU